AUGAUAAAGAAUGUAUCAAUGGUGUCUGGCCAACCGAGUGCAGGAGAUGCUAUGAGUAAUGGCAACAACUACAAUCUUUCAUUUCCAGCUUUGCCAGUUUUGAAGACUUCGGAGACAAUAGGGACUGCACAAUUUAAAAAACGGAGUAAUUUUAAAUCUUCAACGAUGAACGAAAUAAUUACUAUACCUGCCCAAGACAGACAUUGGGACAGGAAAAGUCAAUUGGAGCAUGAAAAAUGUAAGGAAGCAUAUAUGAAAAUUGGGAAAGAGUGUAAUGUAGGAAUAGAGAUUUGUGUUUCAAAAACCAUGGAUCUGACUUUACAAAUCAGCGGCAAUAGAGUUAAUGUUGAACGAGCAAAACAAAAAAUUAUCACAUUCGAACAAACUCAAAUUAAAACUACUACUACACCGUUUCCAAAAGAACAUCGAAGUACGUUAUUGGGCAAACAAGGACUGAAUCUUAAGAAUAUUGAAAAACGUACAGGAGCACGUCUUCAAAUACCGUGUAUGAAAAAUUCGGCUGACAUAAUUUAUAUAACUGGAACAAAGGAUUCCACGAAAAAAGUAGUUAAAAAAAAAGCAAAUACUGAUUCAAUGAAAAAAUCAACAGUGGUUGAAAAAGUGUACCAUUAA